AUGGCAUCAAGUUACAUUGUAGUAGCUGUUACUACCCAUUUGAAAUGGGCAUGGGACAUGUUACUCUACCUAUGUUUCUUCCAUCACUGCAUGCCACUUGAUGUUCCAGUAUAUGGUCAAGAUCCAGCUUGUGUGAGCAUGUUACACCAGAACAAGAGCUAUGGGGAUGAACCGGUAGACUGUGCGGUAUGCCUGUCAAAGAUCGAAGAAGACGAUGAGAUUGAAGUGCUGAGAUGUGACCAUCUCUUUCACAAGAGCUGCAUGGACCGUUGUGUCGAAUAUAGGCACACCAGAUGCCCCUUGUGCCGCGAUGUUCUAGCUGGACCUCGAAAGGUUUGUGUUCUCGGCCGUGAAGUGUUGUAUUUCAGUUUCUCUUCAAACGGGUCAACUGAUGAUGAUUGUGAUGGGUGGUGGAUUCGGUGA